UGCUGACAGCCGAUGGGCAGAAGAAAGGAACAGUUUGUCCCACCGGUGUUUGAUGUCUCGGCAGAAGGUCGCGGACGAGCCGAGCGACGUUUCACAACAGACCGAACCACAGCCGGCGUCGGUGAUUCCACUCUUCUCUGGACCUCGUGGCUGGAGACGCCGAGUGAUGUGAGUUUCGCAGAAGGCGCCGAGCAACGCGACCGUGCGUCGCGUUUGUUAGCGAGCUAACGUCGUGCUAGCUAGUGUUCGCUAACGCUAGCGGACGGAGGCGCAGCUCAGGCGAACUGGUUUCUUCCUUCAAGCCGAGCGGACGCUUCGUGUCGCUUCUUACUCUACCGACUGAAGCGAGGGGGGUCUUUUUUUCGGACCAGAACCUCGAAUCCCACCGGUCCUAGUCUCGGAGCCCCCACCACCCCCGGGUCCAGCCUCUCACUCCCACCCAGCAUCUGUGCUCCGUGAUCGGCUGCUCUGAUGGCAGCCACGGCCGCUGCCCGGCGGUUGCCCAUGGGUGUGCGGACAUUCAGCGACUUUCUCCAGAUCGCCACGGUGGGAUCCCCCCGCUCCUGCCGUGCAGCGGUGCCCAGAGGAGGGUGCACGCGACAGAACAUCAGACACCUGUCGUCAUGUGGCAUUUUGAUGACGAGAACUCCCAGAGCACUUUGCCUUCAAGAGUGGGACACGAUGACAACCGUUCCCCAAAGUAGAAACUUCAUCAGCUUCACCAACAAAAGGAAGGAGUACUCCGAGCGUAGGAUAAUUGGGUUUUCUAUGCAGGAAAUGUACGAUGUAGUGGCUAAUGUUGACGAGUACAAGCUCUUUGUGCCCUGGUGUAAGAAGUCCCAGACCAUCAUGAAGAGAGCAGGCCACUCCAAAGCUCAGCUUGAAGUGGGAUUCCCUCCAGUGGUGGAGAGAUACACAUCUAUGAUCACUUGUGUCCGGCCUCAUCUAGUCAAAGCCGUGUGUACAGAUGGAAAACUGUUCAAUCAUCUGGAGACAAUAUGGCGCUUCAGUCCCGGCAUUCCCGGUUACCCUCGCACCUGCACCGUAGACUUUUCUAUAUCCUUCGAGUUCCGCUCGCUGCUGCACUCCCAGUUAGCCACCAUGUUCUUCGAUGAGGUUGUAAAGCAAAACGUCACCGCAUUCGAGCGGCGAGCUUGCAAGCUGUACGGCCCAGAGACUCGAAUCCCGCGGGAGUUGAUGUUUCACGAGGUGCAUCAGACGUGAUCUCAUCAGCUCCGUGUUUUCAUCUGGCCUUAAACGACACCAACCUUUAUUCCCUUUAUCCCCACAAACCCGCAUGAUGCUGCAUAGUCACCUCGCCCUCCAACUUCAAGUCUCUGCCGCUGCCUAGACAUCACAGCGACUCCGGAAGACGUUAGACAUCCCACUGUUGUAAGCAUUAUGUUGGAAUAUUAAUCAUUCUUGUUAUUGCAGCCUCAACAGAUUCUUGCUCAUUUCCAUCCUCCUUGUCCACGUUCUGUCUACCUCCACUGAAGGGUUCCUUGUUUGGCAGAGGGAAUCCACAUUUGCUCUUGCUCCAUGGCAGUUACAUACUGGAUUUAUGUAAACAAAGCAGUCGAUCAUUGCAACGUCACGUCAGCAAUGGAAGAAAGGCAACUUAUAUUUUAGAAGAGCAGCACAGUGACACUGAACACAACACUGUUUAAUUUAUAUUUUUCAUUGAAGGCACAGAGGUCAUUUGACUUCAGCUCAAGUCUUACAGUUCACUGUGACCUCAACGAUACUUGACACGCCGACACUUUAAGUUAAAGUGGGUCAACAUUUUUACUUUAAUCAGCUGAUUAUACUGUAAUAGGGAAACACAUUCUUUGCCCUUGCCACUUGUUUUUAAUUCAAAUGGGAGUUUUAAAAUAUCCUGACAUAUAGCAGUGAACUUAAUUUCCCAAAAAAAACCCAUUUCAUUCUUUUAAAAACAAAUGAAUUCAUCAGUGGCUACAUGCAAACUUGUAUUGUUUUAUUUGGAUUCAAAUUAAAUGUGCCAUGUGUGGGAGUGUUGUCACUGUUUGUUGUGACGAAAUCAAUGAAGUGCAACGUUUCGCGAAGGGGAGAGAAGAGUAGUUUUCCUCAUCAGUUAGCUGUGGCCUCAUUUAACCUUGACUUGUGGAAAAUUUUGCUUUAACUUGGCUGUUGUGCUGUGAUGCUUGGUUUUUUUGGACAUUGAGAUUUGGUCUGCCAGUUUUAAUAAUGCCUUAUUUUACAGCCCAGCACUAGUAGUGAGUAUUAGGUCAUGAAUGAGUGUUGGAGGCAGUUAAACUUUGCACAAACAAAAGCACCUGAAUAAUUCCACGGAGAAGCUGGAAAGAACUGAUAUAGUGUAAAUGGGAUUACAACAAAAACAACUUAAGAUUUGAUAAAUACCUGUAUUUACUUUAGGUUUGCAGAUUCUCAAAGUUAAAGAUAAGACAUGAUACAAAAAAUAAAGGUGAAUUUGUUGACAGUGGUCAGAUAAUAAUCACACUGCAGCGAAAACAAACCAUUUGUACGGGACGUUGUAAAAGUUUCCCUUCUCUGCUUUCUGUGUUUUGUGGUCCAUCUUCUGAAGGUCAUCAGGAGGACGUUACUCCUGUUGUGUACAUUGUUAGAAUAAAAAUAAUACACUGGUGGGCUGUAGAAUAAAACAUUAUCAUUUAUCAUCA